AUGGUCCCUACGAGACUGAGACCCGGUACUGAUAUGGGUCUAAAAUUUGUACCAUAACAUCGGAGUGCAGCCGGACCCGACCCGUUGCCGAUCCCACGAAAAAAUCCAAGUGCCUUAACAGUCUCCCCUCUCCCUCGACGGCCUCCGCCGGUCGCUGCAGGCAUGCAGCAGGUCACUAAAUUAGGGUUUUCAUUUCUCUCUCUAGCAUUAAGUCCCCGUUAAUUUCUCUCUCUCUCCUUUUUCUGGUUAAUCUCUCUCUCUGCGCCAUUAAUCCACCCCUGCAUCUCAAAUCACCUCUCUCCCUUUCUCUCUCCACAUUUCAAUCAGUCAUUCUCUCUGUAAAUAGUGAUUUGAAUCAGACAAGUCUCUCUCUCUAGCCUUGAACAAAAUGAAGGACAAGCGAGCGAGACGUAACCCUAAAAGCGUUUCUCAGAACAAGGCCCCCCUCCUCCCCUCAAAAUAUGCCCAAGAAGAAGCCAUUGGUGAAGGCUUCAGCGGAGCCUCGUUUUCGGGCGCAGUAUUCAACCUCUCUACCACAAUCGUUGGGGCGGGGAUCAUGGCCCUGCCUGCAACUAUGAAGGUGCUCGGCCUCGGACCCGGCCUGUUCGCCGUUGUCUUGGCCGCUUUCUUGACGGAGAAAUCGAUAGACAUGGUCGGCAGAGCGUCGAGAGCCGCCAAGGUGGGGUCGUAUGCCGGGCUGAUGGGCGAUACGUUCGGCCCAAUUGGCAGGGCAUUGCUGCAAGUUUGCGUGGUCACCAAUAAUCUUGGCGUUCUCAUUGUUUACAUGAUCAUAAUUGGAGACGUGCUUUCGGGCACAACUUCAGCGGAUGGAAUUCAUCACUCAGGAGUUGUAGUAGGCUGGUUCGGAGAACAUUUGUGGACCUCCCGUGGUUCAGUCCUCAUCCUCAGCACCAUCUUGGUGCUUGCCCCUCUGUGUUCUUUGAAGCGUGUUGAUUCCUUGAGAUACACGUCUGCAUUAUCGGUCGCCUUAGCAGUGGUGUUUGUGGUGGUAACUGCGGGUGUUGCAGUGAUGAAACUGUUGGAGGGAAGCAUCGAUGAGCCAAGGAUGUUGCCUGACAUCACGGAUCAAGCAUCCUUUUGGAAGCUCUUCACUGUUGUCCCUGUUCUCAUUACUGCUUACGUUUGUCAUUAUAGUGUCCAUCCCAUCGAGAACGAGCUGGAGGACCAGUCACAAAUGGGUUCAAUUGUGCGUACAUCCCUAAUACUAUGUGCAUGUGUGUAUAUGGCAACAAGCCUAUUUGGGUUCCUCCUAUUUGGUGAGAAGACCUUAGAGGACGUACUUGCCAACUUCGAUUCAAACCUCAGGGUUCCAUUUGGUGCCUUACUUUGUGAUGUAGUUAGAUUGAGCUAUGUUCUCCAUCUUAUGCUUGUUUUUCCCAUUAUUUUCUUUUCUCUUCGCCUCAACCUCGAUGGCCUCCUCUUCCCUUAUGCUGUACCAAUAGCCUCUGAUGCGCGACGCUUCUUUGCAGUUACUGUUGGUUCAAUGGCCUUUAUCUUCAUUGGUGCUAAUUUUAUACCGAGUAUAUGGGAUGCCUUCCAGUUUACUGGGGCCACAGCUGCUACUUGUAUUGGAUUUAUUUUUCCAGCGGCCAUCACUAUUAGAGACACGCGUGGGAUUGCAACGAAGGAAGACAAAGUUUCUUCAUGGUUCAUGAUGGUAUUAUCUAUGUUUACAAGUAUGGUGGCCAUCUCUAGUGACAUUUACACUUUCUCAGAUGGAACUUAGGUCAAGGCUAGAGCAUAGAAUUGGAAUUUAUUUCUCAAUCAAGAAAAAAAGCAAAGAAAAAGGUGCAAAAGAAAGAAAAUCUGGUCACAUUGUUGGAGGAUAUGAAGCAGCAAUUUCUGCUAUGAAAAGGGUUGAGUUGGGAUUCCUCUAACCCCAUGAUUCUUUUUUAUGUAGAAACUCAUAUGUACAUGGAUUCAUUUGGGUAUUCAAAGGUGAGACAUAAUUGUUUCAUUAUUUUGUUAUCAAAUAUUACGGUGCAUAGCAUAUUUGAUAGCCUAUUGGUAAAAAUAUGUUGUUGUGAAACUCUUGUGAUGCACAAGUUGGGUGAUACAUUUAUUGUGUCCUAUGUUACAUAGAAAUGGAAAGAUGUAUCUAUUUGUGA